AUGUCAUACUUAUUAAAUAUAGGACAUUAUCAAGCAACUACUUCAUUCGUCAUGACACUCUUGAAGUUGAUCAUACUUUUUCAAUUGAUAUAUUUAAAUAUUUCUACAACAUAUCUUCGAUUCAGUGAACUUAAAUGCGAAGCAUCUCCAAAAACUAUCAGUAAAUACUACUGCUUCUUAAGAAGCUACAAAAGAAGUCUUCCUUCAUUCAAUGUAGGAUUUACACUGAAGAGAAAACUGAAUGGCACUAAGGCUGAUUGUAGAGUUGAGCGAAGGUUUGCUGAUGGUAACUACAACACUAUUUUGAACUUAAAAAAAAUUGAUCUUUGCGGAGCUAUCAAAAGUUCUUCUUCUAUUUCACCAUAUCUAAAAGAAGUAUUUGAUUAUGUUAAAAAGCUCAACACCAACACCAUUGAGAUUUGUGACAGAUCCGGAGAUUUUCAUUUAACAAAUGCAAGUUUCUUAAAUAUGCAAACUUUGAGUUAUUUUCCAAAAAGUGAUUUCAGAAUAAGAGACAUAUUUUACGAUUUGAAAGAUGAUAACUUUAUCAAGUACCUAACUACUUCAUUCGCCAUGACACUGUUGAAGUUGAUAAUAUUUUUUCAAUUGAUAUAUUUAAUUAUUUCUACAACAUAUCUUCGAUUCAGUGAACUAAAAUGCGGGGCAUCUCCAAAAACUAUCAGCAAAUACCACUGCUUCUUAAGAAGCUACAAAAGAAAUCUUCCUGCGUUCAAUGUAGGAUUUACACUGAAAAGAAAACUGACCGGCACUAAGGUUGAUUGUAGAGUUGAGCGAAAGGUUGCUGAUGGAAACUACAACACUGUUAUGAAUUUAGAAAAAAUUGAUGUUUGCGGACUUAUCAAAGGCGUUUCUUCUUUACCAUUUCUUAUCGAGGUUUGUGAUUAUGUUAAAAAGCUCAACACCAACACCAUGGAGGUUUGUGACAGAUCCGGUGAUUUUCAUUUAACAAAUGGAAGUUUUACUAAUAUCAAAACUUUGAGUUAUUUUCCAAAAACUGACUUCAGAGACGAAAUUAGUAUUGGCGGUAAAGGCAAUUUUCAACAGUAA